GCGGAGCGCGCGGCAACUCGGCCGGCAUUUUCUGCCCGAUCCGGCUUCGAAGUCCCCCAUUCAUGGUGUCGUAAUCGAAGUUUACGCGUGAUUUUGCUACGGUUAACCGUUCGUUAUUCCGCGUUUACCACACAACACAUAUUACACGCGGACCUGCCGAUUCGAAAUUAAAUCCUCGCAAAGGACAAUAAAAGAAAUUUUCGGCGAUAAAUGUGAAAAUAUCCACGCGUAAUCAUCUCCCUGUUUCGAGCGCUGUAUUUGAAUCUCGACCAUGUCGAAGGAGUCCAGCCGGGACGAGCUGAACCUGGAGCUGGCCGAGCGGGCGACCCAGCUGUUGAACAGCAAGGGCGACAAACAGACCAGGUUCCAGGUGAACCGGGUGAAGAACAACGGCGAAAACGACGAGGAUGAGGUCGAGUUGCGCGUCAAAGUCCACCAGCACGAGAGCGAAGACGAUGACUUUAUUUCCGCCAACGAAAGGACCAGGUUGAACAGCGAUUACAUCAAAAGUUUUAGGCACAUGACUCGUGAGGCUUUGCCCAGAAUGGAAAAUUACAGGAACGUGAUGUCCUUGCAGGCCGCCAAUCGACCAACAUUGGACGAACUCCGCAAUUCCACGCUAUCAAAUAAGGGCAACCGAUUUUCCACGACCAACACGAACGGCAAAAUCAUAGAAAUCAAGGGACAAAUCAAAUUCGGAUGGAUACAGGGCGUUUUGUUGCGAUGCCUGCUGAGCAUUUGGGGCGUUAUGCUGUUCCUCCGCCUGAGCUGGGUGGUGGGACAGGCCGGAAUAGGGGAAGCUAUACUGCUGAUUGUAACAACGACAGUCGUCACGACGAUAACAGCUUUAUCGAUGUCCGCCAUUAGCACGAAUGGAGUCAUAAAAGGAGGUGGAACUUACUACAUGAUAUCGAGGAGCUUGGGCCCGGAAUUCGGGGGCUCCAUAGGGCUCAUAUUUUCCCUAGCGAACGCUUUGGCUUGCGCCAUGUACGUCAUCGGUUUCGGGGAGUCCCUGCAGGACCUGUUGGAGGUGCACCAUUUGAAAAUCGUGGACGGGGCCCAGCACGACGUCAGGAUUAUCGGCUGCAUAACCAUGGUGGUCAUUACAGGCAUUGUGGUGUUCGGCAUGGAAUGGGAAGCCAAGGCUCAAUUCGUGCUACUCAUAAUACUCCUGGUGGCGAUUGGUGACUUCUUCGUCGGUAGCUUCAUCGGGCCGAGAGACGAGGAAAGCAAAGCCAAAGGAUUCAUAGGAUACAACAGUGAGUCGUCCACACUUCAACCUCCCAUCCGCCAAUCGAUAAACCCGAUUUUAAUUCCAGUGACAUUAGCCAGAACUAACCUCUACUCGGACUACCGGCGCUCCGAAGGCGUCGAUUACGACUUCUUCGGCGUCUUCGCCAUAUUUUUCCCGGCCGCUACCGGAAUCCUCGCGGGCGCCAACAUCUCCGGCGAUCUAAAAGACCCCCAAGUCGCCAUACCCAAAGGUACUAUCUUGGCGAUUCUGCUAACGUCGCUAUCUUACAUUCUCAUGGCCAUUGUAGCCGGUUUUACGGUAAUGAGAGACGCUACCGGUAACGUAGCGGAUUACGUUAACGGAAGCUGGCCCCAUUGCGGCGUCGGCGAGUGCCGAUACGGUCUCCAGAACAACUUUCAGGUAAUAGAAUUAGUAUCGUGGUUCGGGCCCAUCAUAUACGCCGGAUGUUUCGCCGCGACGCUAUCGUCGGCGCUGGCGUCGCUGGUAUCGGCGCCGAAGGUCUUUCAGGCCCUCUGCAAGGACAAACUCUACCCAGGAAUCGAGUGGUUCGCCAAAGGGUACGGCACCAACAACGAACCCGUCAGGGGCUACGUCCUCACCUUCGUCAUUUCCCUAGGAGUCGUUCUUAUAGCGGAGCUGAAUUUAAUAGCGCCUUUGAUAUCGAACUUCUUCCUGGCCGCGUACACUUUGAUAAAUUUCUCGACGUUUCACGCUUCUUUGGUGAAACCGGUGGGCUGGAGGCCGACAUUUAAGUUUUACAAUAUGUGGUUGAGUCUACUGGGAUCCGUUUUUUGCCUGAUGGUGAUGUUUCUGAUAUCCUGGAUGACCGCAUUGUUGACAUUCGCCGCCGUGCUGUCGCUCUAUUUGAUCGUCUCCUACAGAAAACCGAACGUUAAUUGGGGCUCGACGACGCAGGCGCAGAUCUACAGGAACGCCCUGCAGGCGGUCUACCAGCUGAACUCGGUCGAGGACCACGUGAAGAAUUACAGACCGCAGAUACUGGUGUUGUCCGGAACGCCCAGCGCCAGGCCAGCGCUGGUCGAUUUCGCCCAUCUACUCACCAAAAACCUGUCGAUGCUUGUCUGCGGACACUUCAAUAGGAGCGCCCUGACGCAGAGGGUGAGGAACGUGCUGAAUUAUAAAGCGAACAGCUGGCUGAGGGCGCACAAGAUCAAGGCGUUCUACAUGCAAGUGGACGGGAUGUCGUUCGAGGAGGCCUGCGUGGCGUUGAUGAAGUCGUGCGGCAUCGGAAAAUUGCGGCCCAACAUCCUUUUGAUGGGCUUCAAGAACGACUGGCAGACCUGCCCGAAGGAGGACUUGCAGCAAUAUUUCGAAAUCGUACACAACGCUUUCGAUUUGCAUAUGGGCUGCGGGAUAAUAAGGAUCCAGCAAGGUUUCGAUGCCAGUAUGCUGUACGAAGAAGAAACCAGAAGCACGGCUAAUUUACAAAGAAACAGAUCCUACAGUCAGAUGUCGCAAGAUAGUAGCGGUAGCGAUAGAUCGGCGCAGACUAAUAAUUUGAUUUGCGAGCAACCCAACCCGGAGGAAACGAUUAAAAAAGCGAAAUCAAUCGGGGAUUCGAUGGAUGAAACUGUUUGCGAAGAACAACCAGACAUUUUACCAUCGGACAUGUUCUACUUCCAGAAGAAAGCGAGAAAAGGGGGCACCAUCGACGUCUGGUGGUUGUACGAUGAUGGAGGUUUGACCCUCCUUCUUCCGUACAUCAUGAGCACCCGCAAGAACUGGAGCAGCUGCAAAUUGCGGGUGUUCGCUUUGGCGAAUAAAAGGGACCAGCUGGAAUUGGAGCACCGCAACAUGGCCAGUUUGCUGGCGAAAUUCCGGAUAGACUACACCGAUUUGCAAAUCGUCCCCGACAUCACGGCCAAGCCGCAGGAGAGCACCGUGAAUUUCUUCGAAUUGCUCAUCGCCAAUUUCAAAACCACCGGCAACGAGAGCGCCUCGGAAACGCCGCCUUUGGGACAAAUCUCCGAAUCCGAGCUGCUGUCCGUCAAGGACAAGACCAACAGGCACUUGAGGCUCAGAGAGUUGCUGUUGGAGUAUUCGAGCGAGGCCAAUAUGGUGGUUGUGACGUUACCGAUACCCAGGAAGACCCUCAUAUCAGCUCCGCUGUAUCUGGCCUGGUUGGAGUUGCUGACGAAAGAUAUGCCGCCCAUAUUACUUGUUAGGGGCAAUCAAACGUCAGUGUUGACGUUUUAUUCGUAAAGAAAAUGCACUUAAUUUUAAAUGUUAUGGUAUUAAUUCGAAGCCAGAUUCGUACUAAAUGUUAUUGGACGAUUCCAGAAACAAUGUGUAACAUUAUUAGCGACAUUAGCGUUUUUUGGCCUUAUUCGAGAAAGACUGGUAGGGUGAAACACACACAAGCAAAUUGUCAACCUACUUUUAGAUAUAUUUCGGGUAAAGUUAGAUAAGGUUUACGCGGGUAAACUGCAAAAUACCCUAAAAACAAGAGUAGGGUAGGUUUCUUGGGUUCCCAUUAUGUUUGGUAUGAUAGGAAAUCCUUAGGAAAUACAAGGGUAGUGUGGGACUCCUUUCAACAGGUUACCCACUAAAAACUUUCCUUUUUUGUUACGGGAAACCUACCCCACUCAACCCUACACUACCCGUAUUUCGAAGUUUAUCUGAGUAAACCUAGGUUGUUAAUAUAACUUUACCUGUGGGAGAUACACCUAUACACCUGAAUCUAUUUUAUGUACUUUUGCGCUCUUAUUUAGUGUACAAUGUACUGUUUUUUACAAAAAUUUAUUUUUUUAUAACAUAUUUACAGUAUUUAUAGCACCUACUUAAUUUUAAUAUUUGUCAAUAAAGUUGAUCAAAUAAGUAUUCUCGUAGUAAUUUAAAAAAUAUAUAUUCCUAAAUUAUAAUUACAAAAAACGUAUAAACGAUAAUUUCACAAACAUUUAAGUAUCACCCCAGGAUUAAUUUGAAUACUAUCGUUAACACAUUGAAGAAUAUCAGAGGUAUUCGUGCUACAGUCCUUAUUGAGUGAAAUAGUGUAUAUAAUUGCGUUUUAGCUGAUGGACUUUCCCCGAAGCCUUGUACAUUGCUUCCUUUCGAGCCCCAACCAAUUUUACUUAAAAACCGUUCUUCAUUCAGUAUACACACCGCAUUUAAGCACAGCAAAGUGGCUUCAAAUAAAUUCCACAACGUAAAUGCCAUUUCAAAGUAUUUUAACUUGAAAUUAAACAAUUGAAUAUUUUUUAACCUAAAAAUGUCUAAUCA